AUGAAUACCUACCUACAUAUGAUCACCUGUCUACCUAGAGUUCUCAUUAAUGUUGCUGUACUAAGAGUUUUACGGUUCUUCUAUUUUAUCUUAUUAUACCCUAGUUAUUUCUCGCCUUUGAGACAUCUACCAGGACCAAAUGACCAUAAUCUACUUCUCGGCCAAGAAGUAAAGAAAUUUCAAGCCGAAAGUCCCGUCGACAUCCAACUAAAAUGGAUGCGUCAGUGGCCAGACGCGCCCUUCAUCAGGUAUCGCUCGUUCGCGGGCAACGAAGUUCUACUAGUAAACAGCCUAGCCGCAUAUAAAGCCGUCCUCCAGACCCAUGUGUACGACUUCAUCAAACCACCGUUCUUCGCACGAUUAGUCGGCGAAAUCACCGGCGUGGGUCUGUUAUUCGCGGAAGGAGAGUCUCAUAAACACGAACGAAGAUUAUUGGCCGGACCGUUCUCCGUCCCGAGCAUGAGGAAACUACUCCCCGUGUUUCGAGAAAAAGCGAAGGAUCUUUCUGAGGAGUUUGAGAAGUUGCUCGGGAAUAAACCUUAUGCUGCCGUAGAAACAAUCGAGACUUUAUCAAAGUCAACUAUGGACACCAUAGGUGUGACCGUGUUGGGGAUUGACCUAGAUACCCUAUCAUCGAUGUAUCCGCAAAGUUUCCAGGAACUUUACGGACGGGUACUUCACCAGGGUCCUAUAGGUCAACUGAUUUCAGUCGUCAACGCUUUCAUACCGAUCCGGAAAUUUCUCCCCUUCGGAGCGAACCGGAGAUUCACUCAGGCAACGACUGAUCUCAGAGAAAUGCUGCGAGAUAUCAUCCAAAAACGCACUGCGGAGUUGGCCGACGGGACAUUUAAGGAGAAGAAAGGAGAAUCUAGAGAUCUCUUAACCUAUAUGUUAGAAGAAGCUCAAUUGCGUCAACAGGAAACGCAUAAGCAAGUCUGGUCUGUAGACGACAUUAUUGGUCAUGUAAGAAAAUUUCCCUUUCAGGGCCACGAGAGCACAGCAACAACCAUAUCCUGGUCCCUCUACGUCCUCGCAACCAACCACGAGAUCCAAAACCGCCUACGAUCCGAAAUCGCCUCCCUGCUAGCCACAAACCCAAACCCCGACUACGACGCCAUAUCCAGCCUCCCGUUCCUGCACAACUUCGUCCGCGAAGUACUCCGAGUCUUCCCACCAUCAUACAUGGCCCAACGUAAAACCACCCGCGCCCUAACCAUCGAAAACGUGCUCAUCCCACAAGGCACCCAAAUCGACAUAAUAAUCCCACUCGCGCACCGCGCCCCCUCAAUCUGGGGUCCGGACGCCGAAACCUUCAACCCCGACCGCUGGACCGCGCUAUCGGGCAACGCAGCCAGCCCGUUCGCCUUCGAAGCCUUCCUGCAGGGCCCGCGGAUAUGUCCGGGGCGCAACUUCGCGCUGAUCGAGGUGAAGGCCGUGCUCGUGGAGCUGGUGUCGAAGUGGCGGUUUUUAGGGGUUGAGGGGAGUGGAGGGGAGUUGUUGAUGGGGGGAGAGGAGAGGGUGGGGAAGGGGGUGAAGAUUGCGAAUCCGAGCUUGACGUAUAGGCCUGCGGAUGGGCUUUUUGUGAGGUUUGAGAGGUUUGGUGAGUGA